AUGGCGCCGCAAAACGUCGAGGAUGCCCCGCUCUUCAUAGAGGCGAAAGCCCAGGGCAGGGUCAUCGUCAAGGAUCCGCCCAAGUUCGAUUUCGAGUCCUACAUCGCCAACUAUGAAGGCAGGACCCGUCUGGAACGUUUGCUCUUGAUUGGCACCACCUCUAGCUACCUCUGCGUCGACGCUCUGCACGCCGCCAUCGCCGAAGCCAAGCAGGGCAAGGACGUGAGCUACUACACCCUCGCCACCGAUAAGCUCCACCAGGUCGACCCUAAUGACCCACUCUCCGUUCCGGACGUGCAAUGGUGCGAGCGCAAGACGAAAGAGGUGAAGUCGGAGUUGGAGAGCUUGGAGCAGCAGCUCAAGCAGUACAAGAACAACCUGAUAAAGGAGAGCAUAAGGAUGGGCCACGACGAUCUGGGCCAGUUCUACACGAGCAUCGGUGACCAUGCAGCCGCGAUGAAGUCAUACGCCCGCGAGCGCGACUACUGCAACAACACGGGAAACGUUGCCGACAUGUCGCUGAAGCUGAUCUAUUCCGGUAUCCUCCAGCGCAGCUGGUCCACCGUCAACUCGAACGUCUCCAAGAUCCAGCCCAUGACCUUGAAUCCCGACGACAAGACCAGACUGGAUUCCCUUUGCAACGCUGUCCUGGGCCUUAGUCAUCUGGCAUGUGGCAAGUACAGAGAAGCCGCCUGGCAGUUCCUCCUGGUCAGCCCGUUAUUCAUGACGCUAGAACCGCAGGCACAUAUCACAUGGCAGAAGCAGGUUCUCACUGGGAAUGACAUUGCUGUCUACGGCGGCCUCUGUGCUCUUGCCUCCAUGGACCGCUCCGAAUUGCAGCGUCUUGUGCUUGACAACAAUGACUUUCGCCAGUUUCUCGAACUGGAGCCGCACAUCCGCCGUGCCAUCUCAUUGUUCUGUGGCAGCAAGUACACGCAGUGCUUGGAGAUCCUGGAGGCAUACCGCACCGAUUACCUCUUGGACAUCUACCUCAACCCACACAUCAAGGAGCUCUAUGGCAAGGUUCGGAGCAAGAGUAUCGUCCAGUACUUCAUUCCCUUCAGCUGCGUCACACUCGACCAGAUGGCCACGGCAUUCGCCCCUGUCGGUGACGUAUCGAUCGAGGACGAGCUGACCGAGAUGGUUCAGCGCGGCGUGCUGGACGCCCGCAUCGAUCUGGUAGACAAGCUUCUUAUCGCUCCACCGACCAAUCCUCGCACCCAGGUUCACGCCAACGCCAUGAAGAUGGCUGAAGACUUUGAGCAUUCACUCCGCGUCCAUCUCGUUCGUCUGAACAUGAUGAACGAGGGCCUUGUAGUCAAAGCUCCCAAAGGUCACCACCAGCAGAACCAGAGCCAGACACUGGAAUCGGGAUUUGACCCCGUGCAGUCUUCUGGCAAGGGCUGGGCAAGCUGA